UUAUUUCAAAAAAUGGCCAGUCCCUUCCUGUUUCCCAGUGAACAAUUUAACCCAAACAUCUAAUUGAAAAAUCUGAGAUGGAACAUUGAGAGCUAUUUGAAAAUGGAUUCGAUCACUAUGAAAUCCAAAUUUCUAUUGUGUUUUCUUCUAUUUUCUACUUAUCUGUGCAAAAAUGGGAUCGCAUCAAAUUCAACUACGAUGCAUACUAACAAUUGGGCUGUUUUGGUCUGCACUUCUCGUUUCUGGUUUAACUACAGACACAUGGCUAACACAUUAUCUUUAUACAGAACCGUAAAACGAUUAGGCAUACCUGAUGAAAGAAUUAUUCUGAUGUUGGCUGAUGAUAUGGCUUGCAAUGCUCGGAAUAAAUACCCUGCACAGGUCUUCAACAAUGAAAACCACAGGCUAAAUCUUUAUGGAGAUAACGUUGAGGUAGAUUAUCGAGGUUAUGAAGUAACAGUUGAAAAUUUCUUGAGAGUGUUGACUGGCCGUCAUGAAACAGCUGUCCCAAGAUCAAAACGUCUUCUUAGUGAUGAAGGAAGUCACAUACUUCUGUACAUGACAGGGCAUGGUGGAGACGAGUUUUUAAAAUUUCAGGAUUCGGAGGAGCUUCAAAGUCAUGAUUUAGCUGAUGCAGUGAAACAAAUGAAAGAAAAGCGAAGAUUCAAGGAGCUGCUAAUAAUGGUUGACACUUGCCAAGCUGCUACUCUUUUCUCUCAGCUUCAAUCACCCGGCGUAUUGUCAAUUGGGAGUAGCAUGAAAGGGGAAAAUUCGUACUCGCAUCACUUGGAUGCUGAUGUUGGCGUCUCAGUUAUAGAUCGAUUCACGUUUUAUACCCUUGCAUUUUUUGAGAGGGUGAACAUGUAUGAUAAUGCUUCAUUGGGCAGUCUUUUCAGUUCAUAUAAUCCAAAUACGCUGAUGUCAACUGCAUAUUAUCGAACAGAUCUAUACCCUCGGCGACUAGAAGAGGUACCCGUGACAAACUUUUUCGGUUCAGUCAUGGAGACGAUACACACUGAUUCUGCGUAUAAAGCAUUUGCUGGCAAAGACUCCAAAAAGUCUGCAUUAGAGAUGCCUCUUCGGCAGUCCAGCAAUGACUUACGACGAACGCUAGCAAGUUCGGAUGUUCAGGAUGCACAAGAUUCCUGUCCUUUCACACAUUUUUGGAAUUCUAUGCAUGGUAAAAUGACAAAGGUUGAGGGUCUUGAUAGCUGGGUCAACUAUGGCUUGUUUUUGAUGUUUCCAUUGGUGGCAUUUUCCUCUUGGCUCUCGUCUUGAAGUCUCACAAGUGGAGGCAAGCUAUGAAAUUGAUACUCUAGAGGAACGCUAUGGUCCUGCUUUGUUUUCAUUUCUAUCGUUGUUGAAAACAUUGGUCCGGUGGAAGCUGUUGUAUCUCACAAAAAAUACGCGAGCAACCAGUUGAAGCACACCCUUGUACCGCAAAAUAGAAAUUACAUCAAUUUUUUGACAACUAGUGUAAUGUA